UCCUCGUCGUCACCCUCCUCCUCGUCGUCACCCUCCUCCUCGUCGUCACCCUCCUCCUCGUCGUCACCCUCCUCCUCAUCGUCACCCUCCUCCUCGUCGUCACCCUCCUCAUCGUCGUCACCCUCCUCCUCGUCGUCACCCUCCUCCUCCUCCUCGUCGUCACCCUCCUCCUCCUCCUCGUCGUCACCCUCCUCCUCCUCCUCCUCCUCCUCCUCCUCGUCACCCUCCUCCUCCUCCUCCUCCUCCUCGUCGUCACCCUCCUCCUCCUCCUCCUCCUCGUCGUCACCCUCCUCCUCCUCCUCCUCGUCGUCACCCUCCUCCUCCUCCUCCUCCUCCUCCUCGUCGUCACCCUCCUCCUCCUCCUCCUCCUCCUCCUCCUCCUCCUCCUCCUCCUCCUCCUCCUCCUCGUCGUCACCCUCCUCCUCCUCCUCGUCGUCACCCUCCUCCUCCUCCUCCUCCUCCUCGUCGUCACCCUCCUCCUCCUCCUCCUCCUCCUCGUCGUCACCCUCCUCCUCCUCCUCCUCCUCCUCCUCGUCGUCACCCUCCUCCUCCUCCUCCUCCUCGUCGUCACCCUCCUCCUCCUCCUCCUCCUCGUCGUCACCCUCCUCCUCCUCCUCCUCCUCGUUGUCACCCUCCUCCUCCUCCUCCUCCUCGUCGUCACCCUCCUCCUCCUCCUCCUCCUCGUCGCCCUCCUCCUCCUCCUCCUCCUCGUCGCCCUCCUCCUCCUCCUCCUCCUCGUCGCCCUCCUCCUCCUCCUCCUCCUCCUCGUCGCCCUCCUCCUCCUCCUCCUCCUCCUCGUCGCCCUCCUCCUCCUCCUCCUCCUCCUCGUCGCCCUCCUCCUCCUCCUCCUCCUCCUCGUCGCCCUCCUCCUCCUCCUCCUCCUCCUCCUCCUCGUCGCCCUCCUCCUCCUCCUCCUCCUCCUCGUCGCCCUCCUCCUCCUCCUCCUCCUCCUCCUCCUCGUCGCCCUCCUCCUCCUCCUCCUCCUCCUCGUCGCCCUCCUCCUCCUCCUCCUCCUCCUCCUCGUCGCCCUCCUCCUCCUCCUCCUCGUCGCCCUCCUCCUCCUCCUCCUCGUCCUCGUCGCCCUCCUCCUCGUCCUCGUCGUCCUCCUCCUCGUCCUCGUCGCCCUCCUCCUCGUCCUCGUCGCCCUCCUCCUCGUCCUCGUCGCCCUCCUCCUCGUCCUCGUCGCCCUCCUCCUCGUCCUCGUCGCCCUCCUCCUCGUCCUCGUCGCCCUCCUCCUCGUCCUCGUCGCCCUCCUCCUCGUCCUCGUCGCCCUCCUCCUCGUCCUCGUCGCCCUCCUCCUCGUCCUCGUCGCCCUCCUCCUCGUCCUCGUCGCCCUCCUCCUCGUCCUCGUCGCCCUCCUCCUCGUCCUCGUCGCCCUCCUCCUCGUCCUCGUCGCCCUCCUCCUCGUCCUCGUCGCCCUCCUCCUCGUCCUCGUCGCCCUCCUCCUCGUCCUCGUCGCCCUCCUCCUCGUCCUCGUCGCCCUCCUCCUCGUCCUCGUCGCCCUCCUCCUCGUCCUCGUCGCCCUCCUCCUCGUCCUCGUCGCCCUCCUCCUCGUCCUCGUCGCCCUCCUCCUCGUCCUCGUCGCCCUCCUCCUCGUCCCCGUCGCCCUCCUCCUCGUCCCCGUCGCCCUCCUCCUCGUCCCCGUCGCCCUCCUCCUCGUCCCCGUCGCCCUCCUCCUCGUCCCCGUCGCCCUCCUCCUCGUCCCCGUCGCCCUCCUCCUCGUCCCCGUCGCCCUCCUCCUCGUCCCCGUCGCCCUCCUCCUCCUCCUCCUCGUCCCCGUCGCCCUCCUCCUCCUCCUCCUCGUCCCCGUCGCCCUCCUCCUCCUCCUCCUCCUCCUCGUCGCCCUCCUCCUCCUCCUCCUCCUCCUCCUCGUCGCCCUCCUCCUCCUCCUCCUCCUCCUCCUCGUCGCCCUCCUCCUCCUCCUCCUCCUCCUCCUCGUCGCCCUCCUCCUCCUCCUCCUCCUCCUCCUCGUCGCCCUCCUCCUCCUCCUCCUCCUCCUCCUCCUCGUCGCCCUCCUCCUCCUCCUCCUCGUCCCCGUCGCCCUCCUCCUCCUCCUCCUCCUCCUCCUCCUCCUCCUCCUCCUCCUCCUCCUCGUCCCCGUCGCCCUCCUCCUCCUCCUCCUCCUCCUCCUCCUCCUCCUCGUCCCCGUCGCCCUCCUCCUCCUCCUCCUCCUCCUCCUCCUCCUCCUCCUCGUCCCCGUCGCCCUCCUCCUCCUCCUCCUCCUCCUCCUCCUCCUCCUCCUCCUCCUCCUCGUCCCCGUCGCCCUCCUCCUCCUCCUCCUCCUCCUCCUCCUCCUCCUCGUCCCCGUCGCCCUCCUCCUCCUCCUCCUCCUCGUCCCCGUCGCCCUCCUCCUCCUCCUCCUCCUCCUCCUCCUCCUCCUCGUCCCCGUCGCCCUCCUCCUCCUCCUCCUCCUCCUCCUCCUCCUCCUCGUCCCCGUCGCCCUCCUCCUCCUCCUCCUCCUCCUCCUCCUCCUCCUCGUCCCCGUCGCCCUCCUCCUCCUCCUCCUCCUCCUCCUCCUCCUCCUCGUCCCCGUCGCCCUCCUCCUCCUCCUCCUCCUCCUCCUCCUCCUCCUCGUCCCCGUCGCCCUCCUCCUCCUCCUCCUCCUCCUCCUCCUCCUCGUCCCCGUCGCCCUCCUCCUCCUCCUCCUCCUCCUCCUCCUCCUCGUCCCCGUCGCCCUCCUCCUCCUCCUCCUCCUCCUCCUCCUCCUCCUCCUCGUCCCCGUCGCCCUCCUCCUCCUCCUCCUCCUCCUCCUCCUCCUCCUCCUCGUCCCCGUCGCCCUCCUCCUCCUCCUCCUCCUCCUCCUCCUCCUCCUCCUCGUCCCCGUCGCCCUCCUCCUCCUCCUCCUCCUCCUCCUCCUCCUCCUCCUCGUCCCCGUCGCCCUCCUCCUCCUCCUCCUCCUCCUCCUCCUCCUCCUCCUCCUCCUCCUCCUCCUCCUCCUCGUCCCCGUCGCCCUCCUCCUCCUCCUCCUCCUCCUCCUCCUCCUCCUCCUCCUCCUCCUCGUCCCCGUCGCCCUCCUCCUCCUCCUCCUCCUCCUCCUCCUCCUCCUCCUCCUCCUCCUCCUCGUCCCCGUCGCCCUCCUCCUCCUCCUCCUCCUCCUCCUCCUCCUCCUCCUCCUCCUCGUCCCCGUCGCCCUCCUCCUCCUCCUCCUCCUCCUCCUCCUCCUCCUCGUCCCCGUCGCCCUCCUCCUCCUCCUCCUCCUCCUCCUCCUCCUCCUCGUCCCCGUCGCCCUCCUCCUCCUCCUCCUCCUCCUCCUCCUCCUCGUCCCCGUCGCCCUCCUCCUCCUCCUCCUCCUCCUCCUCCUCCUCCUCCUCGUCCCCGUCGCCCUCCUCCUCCUCCUCCUCCUCCUCCUCCUCCUCCUCCUCCUCCUCCUCGUCCCCGUCGCCCUCCUCCUCCUCCUCCUCCUCCUCCUCCUCCUCCUCCUCCUCCUCCUCGUCCCCGUCGCCCUCCUCCUCCUCCUCCUCCUCCUCCUCCUCCUCCUCCUCCUCCUCCUCCUCGUCCCCGUCGCCCUCCUCCUCCUCCUCCUCCUCCUCCUCCUCCUCCUCGUCCCCGUCGCCCUCCUCCUCCUCCUCCUCCUCCUCCUCCUCCUCCUCCUCGUCCCCGUCGCCCUCCUCCUCCUCCUCCUCCUCCUCCUCCUCCUCCUCCUCGUCCCCGUCGCCCUCCUCCUCCUCCUCCUCCUCCUCCUCCUCCUCCUCCUCGUCCCCGUCGCCCUCCUCCUCCUCCUCCUCCUCCUCCUCCUCCUCCUCGUCCCCGUCGCCCUCCUCCUCCUCCUCCUCCUCCUCCUCCUCCUCCUCGUCCCCGUCGCCCUCCUCCUCCUCCUCCUCCUCCUCCUCCUCCUCCUCGUCCCCGUCGCCCUCCUCCUCCUCCUCCUCCUCCUCCUCCUCCUCCUCGUCCCCGUCGCCCUCCUCCUCCUCCUCCUCCUCCUCCUCCUCCUCGUCCCCGUCGCCCUCCUCCUCCUCCUCCUCCUCCUCCUCCUCCUCCUCCUCGUCCCCGUCGCCCUCCUCCUCCUCCUCCUCCUCCUCCUCCUCCUCCUCCUCCUCCUCCUCGUCCCCGUCGCCCUCCUCCUCCUCCUCCUCCUCCUCCUCCUCCUCCUCGUCCCCGUCGCCCUCCUCCUCUUCCUCCUCCUCCUCCUCCUCCUCCUCGUCCCCGUCGCCCUCCUCCUCCUCCUCCUCCUCCUCCUCCUCCUCCUCGUCCCCGUCGCCCUCCUCCUCUUCCUCCUCCUCCUCCUCCUCCUCCUCCUCCUCCUCCUCGUCCCCGUCGCCCUCCUCCUCCUCCUCCUCCUCCUCCUCCUCGUCCCCGUCGCCCUCCUCCUCCUCCUCCUCCUCCUCCUCCUCCUCCUCGUCCCCGUCGCCCUCCUCCUCCUCCUCCUCCUCCUCCUCCUCCUCCUCCUCCUCCUCGUCCCCGUCGCCCUCCUCCUCCUCCUCCUCCUCCUCCUCCUCGUCCCCGUCGCCCUCCUCCUCCUCCUCCUCCUCGUCCCCGUCGCCCUCCUCCUCCUCCUCCUCCUCCUCCUCGUCCCCGUCGCCCUCCUCCUCCUCCUCCUCCUCGUCGCCCUCUUCCUCCUCCUCGUCCUCGUCGCCCUCUUCCUCCUCCUCCUCCCCCUCUUCGUCCUCGUCGCCCUCUUCCUCCUCCUCCUCGUCGCCCUCUUCCUCCUCCUCCUCGUCGCCCUCUUCCUCCUCCUCCUCCCCCUCCUCCCCCUCUUCCUCCUCGUCCUCCCCCUCCUCGUCCUCGUCGCCCUCUUCCUCCUCCUCCUCCCCCUCCUCGUCCUCGUCGCCCUCUUCCUCCUCCUCCUCCCCCUCCUCGUCCUCGUCGCCCUCCUCCUCCUCCUCCUCCGCCUCCUCCGCGUCCCCCUCCACGUCCGCCUCCCCGCCCCCCCUCGAGCCACAAGAGGUGCAGGCAGAGGAGGUAGCAGCAGGUGAGAUUUUCACUUUCUUCAGUAGCUUAAUUACGUGUUAA